CCCUCCUCCCUCUUCCAGCCACACAAAUGCUAGUAACGCCGGCAGGUCUGAGGACAGAAGCUCUGUCAGCGCUGAAGACCAGCAGAGGAAACGCUCUUAGCCGAGACAGAGUGAAGCUUCGCCCAGUGAGCACAAGUCUGAGCAUACGAUACCCAGAGGGAAUAGGCUUCAGCAGACUGAUGGACACACUGCACUAAUACACUCACUGUUUGGAUCACCGUCUGGCCGACUGACACACUUGCUGAACACACACACACACACACACACACACACACACACACACACUCAACACUUACAGUGAUUACCUGCAAGUGGGAGGGAUAAAUGGCUGACAAACAGAUCAGUCUGCCUGCCAAGCUGAUUAAUGGAGGCAUCGCUGGCAUCGUGGGAGUGACGUGUGUGUUCCCCAUCGACCUCGCCAAAACACGCCUGCAGAACCAGCAGAAUGGAUCCCGCCUUUACACCAGCAUGUCAGACUGCCUUAUCAAGACCAUCCGGUCAGAUGGAUACUUUGGGAUGUACAGAGGUGCUGCAGUUAACCUGACCCUGGUCACCCCAGAGAAAGCCAUCAAACUGGCAGCGAACGACUUCUUCAGACAGUAUCUAUCCAGAGACGGGCAGAAGCUUACUCUGUUCAAAGAGAUGUUAGCAGGCUGUGGGGCUGGUACAUGUCAGGUUGUCAUCACGACGCCCAUGGAGAUGCUGAAGAUUCAGCUACAGGACGCCGGCAGACUUGAGGCCCAGAGGAAGCUGAUGCCGGAGACUGUGGCCCCUGGAGCAGCGGUGAUGAAGAGCCCCACAGCCAUGCAGAUCACACGGGAGCUGCUGCGCUCCAAAGGCAUCGCAGGCCUCUACAAGGGCCUAGGAGCCACAAUUCUCAGGGAUGUGCCGUUCUCCAUAAUCUACUUCCCCUUGUUUGCCAAUCUGAAUGAGCUGGGCAAGCGAGGGGCCGAGGGUCCCGCCCCCUUCUACGUGUCCUUCCUGGCGGGCUGCAUGGCUGGCAGCACCGCCGCGGUGGCCGUCAACCCGGUCGACGUGAUUAAGACCAGGAUACAGUCUCUAAAUCGGGGCGGGCAGGAGGACACCUACAGUGGAGUGACCGACUGUAUCAGGAAGAUCCUGCGUACGGAGGGUCCCGGCGCCUUCCUGAAGGGGGCGUACUGCCGCGCCCUGGUCAUCGCGCCGCUCUUCGGCAUCGCACAGGUCAUGUACUUCCUGGGCGUGGGAGAGGCCAUCCUCAGCUUCCUGCCACAGCGGGAGAAAUAGCCAAUCAGCUCCCUGCUGCCUGCCUAAACUCCGCCCCCUUCACCUCCACUCAUCACUACCCAUCAUGCAUUGCACCGGACCUUGGACCCGCCCUCAUCUCAUGACAGAAGCCUCUGAUUGGUGCAGGGUCAGGAUGUGAAGAAGACCAUCCACUUUUGGAGUUUGUUUUUUUAUGUGCUGAUUUGCUUUUAAUUUGAUUUAGUUUGUUUCGUCUUGUUUUGUUUGUUUGUUUGUUUGUUUGUUUCAGUGUGGAACCCAUGUUGUCGCCACACACUGCUCCAGAUCUGCUCUCUCAUUGGCUGGAGAUCCUUUCAUCCUGAUUUGGCUGUAGACUAAGAAGGCUCUCUCUCUCUUUCUCUCUCUCUCUUUCUCCCUCUCUCCCUCUUUCUCUCUCUCUCUCUCUCUCUCCCUCUUUCUCUCUCUC